CGAGAAUGAUAUGCGAGACUUCGUCCAAAAUGGCGGACGGUCCGAAAUUUUGACAGCUGAUUACUCGUUAUAAUUCUCGUUUUCUGCCGAAAAGAAGAAACAAUUCAGGCAGACAUUAGGAGGACUAUAUCUUUGAAUAUACUGCUUUAAGUCUGUAGCAAAGAGCGAGCUGUCUGAGCUUUAGCUUUGUCCGAGAGAGGGGCAAAUUCUGGAGAGGCUUUGUCAGGUAGUUGCAUCUGCUUGGAAAAUCGUCGACGUCGUCUGGCUAAGUACUACGUGCAAGUUCACGUUUAGAAGUUCAAGUUUGCGUUCUUUCUACGUCGGAACGGAGCUUGUCAUGGAGGCACAAGCGCCGGCGGAGUUCACGGUAGAAAAUAUAGAGCGGGCACUCCACCAGCUGUAUUUUGACCCCAACGUGUCGGUGAAAGACGCUGCUCAGAAAUGGCUGAUGGCUGCUCAGGUGUCACAACAAGCCUGGCAGUUCUGCUGGGUACUACUGCAGAAGGACAAGGCAGCUGAAGUGCAGUUCUUUGGGGCCAAUGCUCUCUACAUCAAAAUAUCUCACCACUGGGCAGAGCUUCCUGCCGACCACUACGCCAGCCUGCGUACCCAGCUGUUCCAGCAGAUCCUGGCCUUCGCUGCAGGGCCCAGGAUGGUUCUUACCAGGCUGUGUGUGGCUUUGUCAGCCUUUGCCCUGAACACGAUGCCUGAGGUGUGGCCCGAGGCUGUGAAGGGAAUUGUGGACACAUUCCAGCAGGCAACCAGCACUGAGCUGUCUCCGUCCCAGAGAUGUGGUGCUCUGUUGGAGCUGCUGACAGUACUUCCAGAACAGCACAACACGACGUGCCUGGCCCAGAGCAGACGGGGAACAGUUCGCCAUGCCAUGCAGGGAGGGCUGCCGUAUGUCCUACCACUCCUACAAAACCUGCUAGAGCAGCCGUCCCCCCUAGACGUCCAACAGCAGGCCCUGAAAUGUUUCUCCAGCUGGGUAACAUUUGGGGUUCCCCUGAAUGAAGUGGAGGGGCUGACUAACCUGGCGUUUAAAGCCGUCCGCAGCCCGGAGCUGUUCGAUGUGGCCGUAGACGCUCUCGUCAACGUGGUCCUACAACCAAUGGCCUACAAAUAUCCCAACACAGUCCAGAAGUUCCUCCCACAAGUCUUACAGCUACAGGACAUGUUAGAAACUGCAAUAAAGGACAAGGAUAUGGACACGUGCAAUGGUUUGUGCAGGUUAGCGGUGGCGAUUGGUGAGAACCACAGUAAAGUGUUGCUGGAGAGUACAGGACAACACAAGCAGAACUCACUCGAACUCAUCAAAAUCAUCAUGAUGUGUACAGGCAUUCCUGGCAGGUAUCCAGUCGAUGAGACAGCCAGUGACAUGACAUUCAGCUUCUGGUACAUCCUACAGGAUGACAUGAUAGCAUCCGAGCCCCAGGUGUUCCAGGACCACUGUGCAUAUUUCAUCCCCCUGUACAUGAACCUUGAUGACAUGAUAGCGUCCGAGCCUCAGGUGUUCCAGGACCACUGUGCAUAUUUCAUCCCCCUGUACAUGAACCUAGUGGAGAUCCUGCUUAUCAAGGUUCAGUACCCUCCUGACACGGAGUACUCAUCAUGGACCGCCGAGGAGAAGGAACAGUUCAGAUGCUACAGGCAGGACAUCGCGGAUACACUGGUUUAUGCGUUUAACCUGCUGCGAGACUCCCUGCUGAACUUUCUGUACGCCAUGCUGAGCACCAUCCUGCAGCAGGACAGGAAACAGCAGGAGGAGACCUGGCAGCCCACAGAAGGUUGCCUGCACGCGUUCCUGUCCAUAGGAGAGAGUGUGGAUCCAGAGGAGUGCAGUGACCAGUGUAUCCUCAACAUGUUCAACCUCAUCCCUAAAGUCCCCAUCACACAUGUAAGGCUGGCAGAGACAACACUCUAUACAAUAGGAGCGUAUGCUGAGUGGUUAAACAGCCACCCAGAGCUGCUGAGCGGCCUGAUCCCCCUCAUCCUGUCUGGGUUCACUAACCCUGACUUGACCUUGUCAUCCACCCUGACCUUGAAGGACGUGGCCCAGGAGUGUUCUAAGAACAUGCAGCCGUACGCCAACGACAUCUUAUCUGCCUGCCAGAAUGCAUUGACAGGAAAUAUAAUGAAGGCCAAAGACAGUAUCCGGCUGAUGCAUGCAGUGGGCAGCCUGUUGUCAGUCCUGCCUGUACAGGACAUCCUGAACUAUCUCCACGCCAUCCUGGGGCCACAUGUGCAGCAGUUAGAGGCUUCACUCAAUGAACAGCCCUCUGCCUCCAGUAAAGCGACAGUCAUACAGAAACUGAACAUGUUGUCCAUGCUGUUCUCGGCACUGGACAUCAGAAGGCCGGAAAGUGAGGAAGCCGAGAAACGACAACCAAAACCUCGCGCUGACGAACCACAGCCGGUUCUAUUGGUACUGCAGCAGGUGUACCCGAUAGUGCAGAGACUCGUAUCACAGUGGAUCGCCGAUACUGGAGUCAUAGAGUGCCUGACACCCACCCUCCAGGCUGUUUGUGAGAUGUUCAAGCGAGCGGUGCGGACGCUACAGGACGAGAUCGCGCCGAUGACGGCACAGCUGUCGGAGCUGCUGGUGCAGGUGUACAACGCCAUCCCACAGAGCUCCGUGCUAGACAUGGCCAAACAGCUGCUGACGUUGUUCCACAGUUCUGAGUCCCACGCUGCCACCAUGCAGACUCUGUUCCUCCAGCUCACCAGCAGGACUGUCUCACUCUUCCAGCAGGGAAUCAGGGAACACCCAGAUCUAGUGGAGGGCUUCAUGAGCCUGGCAGGCUCCAUGCUGAAGAGAUGUCCUGCAGUUUUGUUCCAAGAAAACAGCAACCCGGAGGCUUUGUUUCAAUGUGGUUUGAUGGCGUUAUCCUUCCCAGAGAACCAUGUUGUCAAGGCCACCUGCGUCUUUUUCGCUGAGCUGAUUGGACAGAGUGUCUCCAACCCUCUGGUGCUACAGGUGGUCACACAACAUGGACGCAUGCUACUGGAGGUUAUCCUAAAAGCGAUUGGAGGAGACGCACCUCGCUCGGUGACAGACAACAUGGCGGAUAUCCUGAUGGCACUAAACAAGCACUGCUUCCAGCUGACCUGUACCUGGAUGGGAGAGGUCAUGAAGGUGGAGGGGUUUCCCUCAGGACUGGUCACAGCACAGCAGAAGGAACAGUUCGCAAGGAACGUGCUCAAGCUACUCAAGCACUGCUUCCAGCUGACCUGUACCUGGAUGGGAGAGGUCAUGAAGGUGGAGGGGUUUCCCUCUGGACUGGUCACCGCACAGCAGAAGGAACAGUUCGCUAGGAACGUGCUCAAGGAGCGAGUGAACAAGAGAAAGAUGAAGGAGACAGUGAAGGAGUUCUCCCUGCUGUGCCGGGGUCUGUACGGGACUGAGUACGCGGCGGAGACGGAGUUCGAGCUAUGACAGUGGGUCUGUGCAAACGCAGAGUCGGACUGAGACAGGGACAGGCUGGGCUUAGAUAGCCUCCACCAGAUCAACAUAACAACUCACUCACAAA